AUGGCAUUGAUUAUUAACCAUUAUGGGCGGUAUCAUCGUCACGAUCCUGAUUUUUUCGUCACAUGCAAGGUUGGAGGUUGUACUGCAUCAUAUAAAAAAUUUGAAGGCUACAAAAGUCAUCUGCGCCGUUUUCACAAAGACAUCGACCAGAUCCCUAUUAACAAAGAAGGAGAUGUAGAUGAUGUGGUGAAUGGUGAAGAAGACAUUCAAGACGAUCAAUGCCACAACGUUGGAAUGCUACUCGGUGACAUUCCUGGACUGGAAAAUAUGUUCAGACAAGAUAGUAAUGAGAGCAACCCUUUCAAUGGCCUUCAAACCAAGACAGAACAGAAGUGUUAUUUUCGAGAUAAUUUUGGGCUUGUGGACCCUGAAAGAUAUAUUCUGGGACAUAAUCAUGUUCAAGUUAGAUCUGGUGUCCAUAGAAAAAGAAGUGCAAAGUUUGAUGAAAUGGUGAUCAUUCCUUUGCUAAAAAGCCUUGAGGCAAUGCUGAAUGAACCCUCUAUUCUUUAUGAGAUAAAGCAUUCACAUAAAAGCAGACAACCUGGUCGAAUUUGUGACUUCUGCGAUGGUGAGUUAUUCCAAAGGCAUCCACUGUUUUCAAAAGACAAGAGUGCGCUGCAAAUCAUUCUCUAUUAUGACGAAGUGGAAUGUGUCAACCCUCUUGGGAGCAAGACCAAGAAGCACAAAUUAGGACUGUUUUACUAUACAUUGGGUAACAUUAGUCCUGUACAUCGUUCCCAACUAAAGUCCAUUCAGUUGUUAGCUAUUGUGAAAAGGCCACUGAUAAUUAAAUAUGGUAUGAAUGCUAUUUUGGCACCCAUUAUGGAGCAGGUCUUGGAGCUCGAGCAAGAUGGUGGUUACCAGUUCACUAUAAAGGGUGUGAAAGAAUCAUUUGCUGGGACAAUAGCAUUUGUCUCUGGUGAAAUUUAG